CGUCCGUGACGUGAUCAGGUGUUGCCUACUGUCAAUGCUACUGUACAAAUUUGUACCGUCUGCAGUUAUAUGACCAUCUUUCUUUUUUAGUACUUUGUUAUGCCAAGUUGAUCGUUAACCUAAUGCAUUUUCCUCUGUGCAGUCUAUGUGGAACCAACUUACAAAACAGCUGACUGACUUGACUGACUGAUAUAUAUUCUAAAAUAAUUUCUCGUAAUAAUCAGUUAAUUUUAUUGUUGUAUCAUUGCGAUGCUUUGUAAAUUGUAACAAAACCAAAGUACCAGUUUUAACGUUUUAUUUUGAAACAUUUCAUCAUCCUGCACGUGGUUGUCUGGGUAGGGACUGUGUGCAAAGUUCAAAUCUUAUAAUUGCCGAAACUGACACUGACACAACAAAAUUGUUAAUGUCAUCGUCUAUAGAGAUCCAAGUAUGUUAAAUCUACAAUCCAUAAACGAUACGUAUGCAUCGUAUUAACAGUUUGAUACAUUAUGUUUUUCUUUGUUCAUCAUAUAUGAAGGUAAUUUUAAGAUACUUCAUUACUCCGGUCCCUUCAAACCUGCUUCAAACAUGGCAGACCACUGUCAGUUUACGAUAUUUUUAUUCGGCCAGUUUUAAAACUUGUGAGUGGGGUUUGCCCAAUUAAAAAGGUUGGGUUUUCGAAAGUUGACCCUUUCGGGAUAGAUCUAACGAAUGUGAUACACUGAAGUGUCUUACAGGAAAACGUCAUGUUUCACAAAACUGAGAAUCUAACGGCAGAAGAAAGUUCGAGUAGCGGUGUAGUUUCCAAUCUGAAAAGCCAUAACCUUCAUAUCCGACGGGGCCUUUUCACUCAAGACAGAGGACCUAAAGGAGUAAUGUUCAGCCUGACAGAUACGGAGGAUGACGUCCAAUUUGACACCUCAGACUCAGACAAUAACUGUGAGGUGUUACUGGCGGGGAAACAGUAUCCAUCGAUCCAGGAAUUUGCCUCUGCCAUUCCCAACCAACUGCUGCUGGGAUCUCUACUGGAACACUUGUGCUUUGUUUACGAGACUGACCCCACACGCUCGCGCAUGCUUUUUAAAAUGAUGGGCCAGCAUUUAGCAGCUAUGAACCUCCUCUCUCCGCUGGCUAUCAGUGAUGAGUUCAGCACAGUCCGACUACAGCAUAACCGGGCGUUCACAGAGCUCCUGCAUGCGACCAGCUCAUCGCUUUUCCCACAGGAACAUAGAUAUUUGAGUACAGAAGGCCAGAGUCUAAGAACCAAAGAUGGUCUUUUCCAAGCCCAGACAUCUCGUUACCUUAGUGAAUUUGAAGAAAUCGAAACACUUGGUAAAGGAUCCUAUGGCAAAGUGUUUAAAGUCACAAACAAGCUUGAUGGUCAGGAAUAUGCUGUAAAAAAAAUUCUAAUCAAGAAAGUAACAAGAGACGACUGUAUGAAGGUUCUUCGAGAGGUUAAAGUGCUCUCCAGCCUUCAGCAUUCCAAUAUCGUUGGCUAUCACACUGCAUGGAUGGAGCACGUUCAGCCUGCCGUGAAAAAUCCCAAAUCCCUUGUUUCACAAACGUUUCCAGCAUUAGAGAAACCGUCGCAGAAAGAUGGGUGCACACAGGAAAACACUAACAGCAGCAAUGGAUCGUCCAUUGUUUUUGAACAUUCUGAACAAGCAGAAGCCAAAGAAAACCAGGCUACAACAGAAAGCAUGUCAGUGAAACCCUCAACGUCAAAAGAUGAGAUGGGACAUGCUGUUUGCCCCAAAAAUGUCCGCAACCCACAGAACUUUGUUCCAUGUGUGUUUCUGGGAAAGCCUCGCUCUAUGGUGAGCAAAUGCCCUGCAGCUAAAAGGGACAGCUCAACACUCUCAGAGGACGACCUCAGUCAAAACAGACUGGAAUUGAACAAUAACAAUAACUCUUACAUUGAUAUGGAUACUACUGAAUGGUCCGAAAAGCAGGCGCAAGAGGUUCAGUUCCACUUAAUGCUUUAUAUACAAAUGCAGCUUUGUGAGCGAUCUCUGAAAGACUGGAUACAAGAAAGAAACUCAAGAACCACAACGGGACUCUUGAUGUCAGUAGAUCGUUGUGAGUCAUUAGACUGUGAACACGCAUUGAAGAUUUUAAAGAAAAUACUUGAAGGAGUGGAGUACAUUCAUUCCCGUGGUAUUAUGCACAGAGACUUAAAGCCUAGAAACAUUUUCCUACAUGGACCGGAGUACCAUGUUAAGAUUGGGGACUUUGGCUUGGCUUGCCAAAACAUUAUAACUGACGAGCACGAGCAGCUGCCCUCCAGCUCUCAAGCAGGUGUAAACAUAGACUCAGCUCACACUAGUGGAGUAGGAACUUUUGUUUACGCUGCCCCAGAACAACUUGAGGGUUCUCACUAUGAUUCAAAGUCAGAUAUGUACAGUAUAGGAGUGAUUGCAUUUGAGUUAUUCCAGCCAUUUGGGACUGAGAUGGAGCGUGCACACACACUUGGAGAACUACGUCAGAGCAAGAUCCCUAACACACUGUCUAACAACUGGCCAAUUUUGGCCAAGUAUAUCAGUCUGCUGACCAGCUCUGAUCCCUCAAUGCGACCAAGUGCAUCUCAGUUACUUCAGAGUGACCUCUUCAGCACCAGUGACAUGGUUAUCCACAGUUUAAAGCGCAAGAUUGAUGAGCAAGAAGAAGAAAUUGUUCAGCUCAGGAGACAGAUCAGUGAGCUACAGAUCUCUCAAAAUGCAAUACACAGUCCAGAAAAGACAUAAUAAUAGCAGCUCUCCUACUGCUAUAAAUCCACAUUACUUGUAAAUUAUGUAAAUUGUUGUUUGGAAAUGGCUGUAUGGUAUGUGUGAGUGCAGCUGUGUAUAUAAAUGAGUGCCAUAUUUAAUGUUAUAAAAGAUCUGUAAAGUAAAGUCCCAUGCCAAUAGCCAGUGCAUUAGUCUCCAUUUAUCUGACUCUGGAAAGCUGAGUAAA